CAUUUUUUCCUCAAAAAACACUUACUACUACAACAGCAGCCAUGGCAGACAAGCCUGACAUUCGCAGCAUGGCUGCCGUGAUCAAGAGCGCAGACAUGUUUGAGGACAUGCAGUCGGACGCCAUCGAGGUUGCCAAGACGGCGAUGGAGUCGUUCCAGGUGGAGAAGGACAUUGCCGCGCACAUCAAGAAGGCCUUUGACCAAAAGCACAACCCGACCUGGCACUGCAUCGUCGGCCGCUCGUUCGGCUCGUUCGUCACCCACGAGACCAAGCACUUUAUCUACUUUUACCUCAAUAACACAGCCGUCCUCCUCUUCCGCUCGGGUUGAGCGCGUUUCGUGAUGUGAUGGCCUCGCUUGACUCGUUUUUACUUCUUUUUUCUCUCUCUCUCGCUUCUCUGCCCUGCCGAUCGUGCUCCGUUCGGGCAUCCGUCGUCCAUUCUCAGCUUUGCCGCUUCGUUCUCACACUGCUGUGAAUCCCCCGCGCUUUUUCCGUUGUGCUUUCUGCGCUCGUUGUAAACCAGCAAAGGGAAAAAAAAAAAAAAAAAAUCAAAGUUUGACAGGUCGACACA